GAGGUCAAGCUGAGACGGAGGAUCCCGCUGCCCUCGAGUUCUUGGAAGCCGAACUUGCCAAGCUCCAGGAGACCAGGCUCGAGGUGGCCCACGAGAUCUACAGGCGCAACCGCGAGGAAUAUACGAUUUCCAAGGCCCAGCUCCAGGACGAGCAGGAAAACGAAAGGCAGGCCACAGAGACGGAAUUCCAAGAAUUCCAAGAGUCAAUGGAAGAAGUCAAGGCGAACUCUGAUGCCGAAUGGGAGGAAAAAAUGAUAAAGGAGGUGGAGGAGAGGAGGGCCAAGAGGUCGAAGACGAGGAGUGACGACCUAAGCAGAACGCUGGUCGUCAAGCGCCAAGACCUCGACAGAGAGCUCUCCAAGCUCCAGGAAGCACACAUCUCCAGGUACGACCGGGACGUGAGGGACCAGUUGUCCAGGUUGAAGUUGGAAGUCUUCAAGUCCAAGGACCAGGACUUCACGACCAGGCUGGAGAUGGAGACCGAGAAGAUCCUCAAGCUUCGUCCACGCACUGAAGACAUGCUGCAAGCUAUGGACAACCUCAGGUCUCAAGCCGGUCUUCCCAAGUCCGACCGGUCCCAAGGUCCCCAGAGCCAUGAUCUUUUGGGUCUUGGCCAGGACCAAGUCGACCCGCCCCAGGAGCUUCCCCAGUUUGGCAGCCACCAAAAGCCCACCAGCAGCCACCAACACAACCCGGAGCAGACCACGGAGCAGCCCCCAGGCCCAGCAGACGGUACUGACAACACCGGCCAAGGGGAUGGCCAAGGGGAUGGCCAAGGGGAUGGCCAAGAGGAUGGCCAAGGGGAUGGCCAAGCGGAUGGCCAGAACCAGCAGGGGUGGACCAACUCCGGGAACCAAGGUGGCAACCAAGGCGGCUACCAAGGCGGCAACCAGGGCGGCAACCAGGGUGGCGACUACGUGGGCGACGCCGAUGACAACUUCAUCCACGCAUUCGGCUGGGUCAAGAUGCAGGGCGAUGAUGAAAUUGUCGUCCAGGCCUAUGCCAAGCUGCUUCACGCCAAGGUUCCAGGCAAAGUCGCGAGGUCCUUGGUCGUGAUGUGGCGGAGAGGUUACCUAGACCAGCUGGAGCCCGCUCCGCCCGCUACCCCGGCGACCUCAGUCCCAGCCACCACAGCAGAAGGAGUUCAAGCUGAGACGGAGGAUCCCGCUGCCCUCGAGUUCUUGGAAGCCGAACUUGCCAAGCUCCAGGAGACCAGGCUCGAGGUGGCCCACGAGAUCUACAGGCGCAACCGCGAGGUCGAAUAUACGAUUUCCAAGGCCCAGCUCAAGGACGAGCAGGAAAACGAAAGGCAGGCCACAGAGACGGAAUUCCAAGAAUUCCAAGAGUCAAUGGAAGAAGUCAAGGCGAACUCUGAUGCCGAAUGGGAGGAAAAAAUGAUAAAGGAGGUGGAGGAGAGGAGGGCCAAGAGGUCGAAGACGAGGAGUGACGACCUAAGCAGAACGCUGGUCGUCAAGCGCCAAGAUCUCGACAGAGAGCUCUCCAAGCUCCAGGAAGCACACAUCUCCAGGUACGACCGGGACGUGAGGGACCAGUUGUCCAGGUUGAAGUUGGAAGUCUUCAAGUCCAAGGACCAGGACUUCACGACCAGGCUGGAGAUGGAGACCGAGAAGAUCCUCAAGCUUCGUCCACGCACUGAAGACAUGCUGCAAGCUAUGGACAACCUCAGGUCUCAAUCCGGUCUUCCCAAGUCCGACCGGUCCCAAGGAGCCCACCAGCAGCCACCAACACAACCGGAGCAGACCACGGAGCAGCCCCCAGGCCCAGCAGACGGUACUGACAACACCGGCCAAGGGGAUGGCCAAGGGGAUGGCCAAGGGGAUGGCCAAGAGGAUGGCCAAGGGGAUGGCCAAGCGGAUGGCCAGAACCAGCAGGGGUGGACCAACUCCGGGAACCAAGGUGGCAACCAAGGCGGCUACCAAGGCGGCAACCAGGGCGGCAACCAGG